CAUUGAUAGACUGUGAGGAUCAUAUCGUCCGGGGAUCAACGUUAACGCAAGGGUCAGCAGCCUUACAGCAAAAGACCACCAUGUUCCUGCACUAGCACUAGCCAGGGGGGUUCGACCCUCACCCAUCCACAACCGAGUCACCGUGGUCUUGGCAGUUCAUCCCAAAUUGUACGCCGUCCACAUGCCAGUCCAGUCCACUACCUACUACGCCUCUUUUCAAUAAUGGCGCCUCCAUCGUUAAAAACAUGACGCUUAGCCUCUCUCUCUCCCUUCUUCCCCCCUCAACCCCCAUCAGUCACUCUUUUGAACACUCUUGACCGUUUGAGUCAAGAAGUACUAUGCCCAUGAUGGCUAAUUCACUCUUUACUUUUUUCCUUCUCACAUUCCUUUCAUUCUUUGUCUCUGCUCAAGACGAUGCUAACCCCGGUGAUGUGAACCCCGUCCCUCCCGUCGGGGAGAUCAAGACCGAAGAUCCCAUCUCGAGUCCUCUCACCGAGGGAUGUCCUCAGCCUUGUAGCAUCGCGGGCAACGACCCUGCCAACUGGACGCAGCUUCACAGCCUGGAGGAACUCGCGGGCUGUACUCUCCCUAUGCUGUUUGCGCUCAACGUUGAGAACGAUUACAGCGAGAGCGCGACUUUGUAUACCUGCGUUACCGAGACGGAGUCGACUUCUACAAAGCGGGAUGAGGUCACCAAGGUUCAGGCUAGAGCGGCGGAGAGCUCUGUUUCUCUGGCUAGUAACUGCGGUGCUGAGAAAGCUACCGUAAAGACGACCUCGUCUUUUGGAAAGGCUGUUCUUCGAUCUGGUAACAACGUCGCUGCCGCCGCUGGUCUUCUUGCCGAGUAUCUUGACAACGGUGCCACAUGCGGCACUACCAUUCUCUUCGCCAAGUCUGGCUCUUCCAUCGCUGGUGUUUACGUUGGCGGUGAAGUCCAAAAGGGCAGUGCUUCCAACAUUCUUCGUCAAUCUACUGCUCGUCUUCAGAAGGGUGUUCAGGCAUUCCAGGCCUGCAAUGCUAAUGACAAGACUGCUGAGACUAUCGGCCUUUACGCAGCUGAUAAUGUGAACGGCCUUGAAGCUGUUCAGAACGCUGUGAGGACUUGGUCUCAUGGUCAGUGUGUCAGCAUCGCUCAAGCUACCAAGGAGUCUAUCAACCUUGGUGUUCUCACUACCACCACCGUCAAGGCUCGAGAUGUUGAGCUUCGCUCUCGUUUCGCGGGCGUUGAGUCCCUUCUUGCACCCCGGGCUGAUUGUAAAGCUAUUCAAGUCGUUUCGGGUGAUUCUUGCGCUUCGCUCGCCAAGAAGUGCAAGGUUACCACCGCCAACUUCAACAAGUACAACCCCGCCAAGAACUUCUGCUCUACCCUUGCUCCUAAGCAGUGGGUUUGCUGCUCUGCUGGUACUCUUCCCGACAAGACACCCCAGCCUAGCAAGGAUGGAACAUGUUUCAUUUACAAGAUCAAGUCUGGCGAUGGCUGCUACUCCCUCGGCCAGAACUUUGGUAUCACUCAGAAGUUCAUUGAGGAUGUCAACAAGAACACCUGGGGUUUCGCUGGCUGCAACCGUCUCCAGCUCGGUCAGCCUAUCUGUCUCAGCAAGGGCAAGAACCCCAUGCCUCUAGCUAUCGCCGGCGCUGUCUGCGGUCCUCAAAAGCCUGGAUCGAAGAAGCCCUCCAGUGCCAAGACAGGCUGGGAUCUCGCCAACAUGAACCCCUGCCCCCUCAACGCUUGCUGUUCCGGCUAUGGUUUCUGCGGCAUCACCUCUGAGUUCUGCACCAACACUACCGCCAAGGGUGGUGCCCCCGGUACAAGCCAGCCCAACACUCCCGGCUGCAUCGGAAACUGCGGUACCAAGAUCGUCGGCAACACCAAGAAGCCCGCCAAGUUCCUCAACGUAGGUUACUUCCAGGGAUACAACCUCGGCCGACCUUGCUUGAACAUGGACGUCACCAAACUUUCCGAGGUCACUACUCCCUACACUCACAUCCACUUUGCCUUUGCCGGUCUCAAGUCUGACUUCUCCGUCCUUCUUCAACCCGAUGUUCGUGCGCAGUUCCUCAAGUUCAAGGAAGUCAAGGGCAGCUGGAAGAAGAUCAUCUCCUUUGGCGGCUGGGCUGGCUCAACUGAUGCGUCGACAUACCAGCUCUACCGUGAUGCUAUCAAGCCUGCGAACCGUGACAAGUUUGCUUACAACAUCAUGACUGUUCUGAACAACCAUAAGCUCGAUGGUGUUGAUUUCGAUUGGGAGUAUCCUGGUUCUGCUGGUUCUGACGGUUCUUCUACCGAUACUGCCAACUACGUUGCGUUCCUCCAGGUUAUGAGGAACAAGAUUGGAAAGAGUGGAAAGACUAUGUCUGUUGCUCUUCCUGCUGCGUAUUGGUAUCUUAAGCCUUUCCCUGUUACGAAGAUUGCGCCUCUUGUGGAUUACAUGGUCUACAUGACCUACGAUCUCCACGGUCAAUGGGAUUAUGGCAACAAGUUCAUCAGCUCCGGCUGCCCCAACGGCAACUGUCUCCGCUCGCACGUCAACAAGACCGAAACCCUCGACUCCCUCGCAAUGAUCACCAAAGCCGGCGUCGACCCCGCCAAGAUCGUCAUCGGCAUCUCCAGCUACGGCCGCAGCUUCCGAAUGAAAGACCCCAAGUGCACUGGCCCAACAUGUCAAUUCACCGGCAGCUUCAGCGUCUCCGAAGCCGAGCCUGGUGUCUGCACCGGCGAGGCCGGAUACCUCUCCGACGCGGAGAUUCGCCUCAUCGCGUACGAUGCUAAGCAAGGCAAGAAGGGCGUUACGGCCAAGACGUGGUAUGACAAGGACUCGGACUCGGAUAUCAUGACGUUUGGAACGAAGGGCAAGGGUAUGACUGAUUGGGUUGCGUAUAUGGGGCCUACGACGAAGCAGAAGCGUACGGAUUGGGCCAAGAGCUUGAACUUUGGCGGUGUUGUUGAUUGGGCUAUUGAUCUGGAGACCUGGUUCUCUGCCAAGCCUUAGAUAGUUCUUUUGUCAUGUUCCCGUUGCCACGGAUUAUAUAUAUACUAAUAGCUCAUGAAUUUGAUGAACUAAGACUAUGGUGCUUUGGCGUCUUCCUCGUAUUGCUUCCAUCGAUAUUCCCUCUCAAUUCCUUUCCGUCGCUGCGCCGUAUCACACAGUUUUUCGUUCCCGCAUUCACACUUUGCACCCUCACGAAGCCAGCGAUAUGUUAGACUCCAUCGGACCUGUCGUAAUCGCACUGUUCCAUCGGGAAGAGUAUCUGUUUUGCGAGAUUUAAUCCCGUGCGUCCAGUGUAAUCGGGAAUCACCGCUCAUCUGCAUCAUACUCCUCGGUAACAAGUCAAUUUCGAUCUUCUCGCCUGUUUCUUUAUUCGCGAAUUGCAUGAAGAGUGGCGAGCCGAGAGAUAGUGAGUAGAGCUGAUCGAAGGGGCCGUGGGUGUCGACGUGAGGGGGUAUUCCUGUUCCUGGGGCGUAUUGUUGGAGACAGACUUGAUCUGGUGGACGGCCUUCCGUUGUUGGCAGUAAAGGGACUAGCCAUUCUGGAAAAGGCUUGAAGGGUGUUUCUUCAUCGAUGCCGAAUGUUUUGUAGCUGAAUGUGUAGCCGUAGUGAAGUGAUAGUCGCCCAGGACGAGUUGGCCAUUCUAGCUCAUUCUCAAAAAUGUGAAUGAGCUUUUGUUCGUGCUCUGGUGUGAUAAAGUCUUGUUGCAUGAAGAUUCCUGAAGGUUUUAUUGGUAAUUCCUCCAUUUUAAGUGCUAUAACUUGGUGUAUUUCAUAUUUUAGUUGCGAU